CGUAUACUCUGUGUGUGUACAUCUGUGUUUUAGGGAUUUAUAAUGAAUAAUUGGUUAAUGAAUCACUAGGCCCUGGUUAUAUUUAUUUAUGACUGAGUUGAUUGGCUAGUUAGUAUUCAUCAAGACUGCCUGCUUGAAACCCAUUCCCAUUUGUUGACACACCCUGUCCAAGUUGAGACAAUGGGCGAUAUUUUCGAUCGACUCCAUAGUCUCCAUGAGUACAUGUACCCCAAAAGAACAAGAUUGUUAUCAUGUAUCGUCCUACCCCAGACUGAUGGACCAUUUGAAUUGAAUGCAAGCAUGAUACAAAUACUUCCGAUUUAUCGAGGGAUUGAUUCUGAAACCUGCAACCUGACCAUAUGUCCGAAGACUCUCUGAAAUUGCGUUUGUUCACAUUUUCUUUGAAGGAAAGAGCCAAAUCAUGGUUUUACGGUUCGAGACCACAUUCCAUUACCACUUGGGACCAAUUUACAAGUUAAUUUUUCAAAAAAUUCUUUCCACAUUGUAGGAUCAUUGCUAUUCGUCAAAAUAUUAAUUGUUUUGUCUAGUUAGAUGGGGAGACUCUUUUUCAUUAUUCUGAACGGUUUAUUGAUUUGUUGAUUGAAUGUCCGCACCAUGGCUUUGAGAAGUGGAGACUGGUUGCUAUCCUCUAUGAGGGACUAGACUUUAAAUAUCGAGCCAUGGUUGAGUCUAUGUGUAAUGGUGAAUUUCUUGAUAAAACUGUGAAUGAUACAUGGUCGUUUUUAGAUGAUGUAGAGAAAACCCGUCAAUGGGAAUCCAUUAGGGAAACUGAGAUAGUAUCACAUGAUAUUGGUGACCCCUAUGAGUUAGAAUAUGAUUCCAACUUUGAUACAAGCAUGAACUGCAUGACUAGGAGAGGAGAAGCCCUAGAAAGUUGUAUAAAUACAAAUGUUAUUAUGCCUAAUUCCUAUGCGCAAUCUGAACUCCGUGUUUGUAUGUCGUAUGAUAGCUCAAACCAGUUGAUUGAAAAUUGUUCUAGAUUGCAAAAUCCCUGUUACAAUGAUGAUAAUGAUGAUGAAUCAAACUUUGAAAAUGGUGUGUCCGGUCCCACUCAUGCAACUGAUGUUGAAUAUAAACCUAACUUAGAAGUCAAUGAGUGGAUUGAGGACACCGCAACUGUUAACAGGGAAGAGUACGCAUAUUACUCUUAUAAUGAACCGAUAUUAGAAGAGCAAGUUCUUAUUGAAGAUCCAAUUUUGGAUUCACAUAACUCUGAAGUGCUAGACCAUAUUGUAGAGACCUACAUUGAUAAUGUUUCUUCUAAUGUUGUUUUUUAUCACAAUCCUGAAAAUUUUGGUGCUGAUACAGAACUUGUGCAAUUAUCUUGUGACCAAGACCAUGACAAAAAACUUUCGUACGACUUAAGGAAGGAUGAUUUUUCUAAAGACACUAUCGAUCUCAUGCAUGAAAAUAUAAUUGACGUGUUUGUUGCCCUACCUAGGUCACAAUCACAACAUGAUGUUUCUUUGAAAUUGUCUAUGCAUGAGAAUAAAUCUUUUGAUGAUGAUUCUGAAUUGGGUCCUGUCAAUUUAUUCAAUGACUGCGAGCAUGAUACUGUUAUUUCUGUUUCUGACUUGGGAAAAUUUGAACUGCGUUCUGAUGCUUUUGAACCUGAACCGAAAUAUAACUUAGACGCAUCUAAUUCCCGUCUUAAGUCGCAAACUGAUGGUCGUGCAAUUGACAUGGAGACUGUUCUGCUAGGAUGUGUUAAACCCAAGUUGUUGACACUUCCAAACCUAGGGAUAGAUUUAUGUGCAUCUCAAAUUCUGUUGGACUUUUUGUCCACUAAAUAUCUUGUUGUUAAGAUGCCACAUCUAGAAUACCCUCUUGUUUCUUUGCCCAGUCCUGAACAUGUCAAUUUAGGCUUUGGAAUUGUGCAGGAAGUAACUCAAGAUCUGAUAAUUGUUGAUGACUGCCAUAUCUCUGUAAAAUUCAGGUUUGGGCGUGACUCAUUUGGUUUGACAACCUCGCUUAAAUUCUUGGCUUAUUAUAAAUUUGUAAGUCUGUCACUAUUUCUGAACUCCGUCUUUUGGGUUGAUCCUCAACUCUUUAGGUUGUUGGUAUAUGGUGCAUCAUCAUUGUAUAGUCCAGUAGGUACUAAAUAAAGCUUGGAUGAAUUGAGAAGCCAAAAGAGCAGAUAAAUGGUGGCCGGAUACAACGGAAGAGAGACACAAAGCUCUCGCUAGAAGGCAGUGAAGAACGUAAAGGAAACAGCGCAAAGAGCAUCCGCAAUCCUCUUGCGCACUAUUGGCAAUCCGCUUGCAACUCAUCCACAAGCCUCUUGCAAACUAAACCUAGCAAUGGGCUUGGUAAAAAACCCAAAUCCAAGACCCAAACCAGUUUUCAUGUCCAAGACGUCAGAUUUGUCACAUCUUCUUACCAUCCAACGACACCUCCUCUCGUUACAUCAAGAUUUGAUGCAACCGCUCAACACCCUAGCCUCCCUAUUCUCUUCUCUUAUCGAACAUAAUUCAACUCCACCUUCAAUUCUUCCUAUCCUACACAAAACCACUAGUACCAUCUUCACGCCCUCCAUUAACCCUUCCCCUCCGUAUACUGAGCACAGCUUCACCAUCAUUAACACCACCGUUAACUCCUAAUUUUCCAUCUCUCUCUAUCUUAUCUCUAUUCUUAUCAAGAACCGUAACCCUAAAAGAUAAGAUUUAGACAGGUAGAGUUAGGGUUAGAUGUACAAUUGGGGGAACAUCAAAUUAAUGAAGUUGCAGAGAUGAAUUAAAGGCGGGAGAUGCGUUUUGGUGAGUUGGGCCUCCAUUAAUUCCCAAAUUGAAGUCGAAUUGAGAAUUUCAUGUAUAAAUAGGGAUGAUAAUGUGAUGUAAAAGGCAUGCCCGGAUUAGCCGGUGCACCAAGUAGUAGUUUAUGUUUGUUUUCAGUAUUAUCAUCAUGUUAUAAUUCCAUAACUAGGGUUUAGAUGAAACCCUGACUCUCUGUUAUGUUAUUCGUACUGUUUAUAUUA